CUUUUCGAAAUGUUUCCACAAUCACGAUCCACUUCUAUUUCUUCUUCUUGCUCUUCAACAAAGUCCAAUCGUUCCUUCUGGUCGAAGAUCAGUAAACUGUUCCAUAAGUCUCGUUCUUCUUCUUCAGAAUCUGUUCGCAAAAAUGACAACUAUAGCAAUUCUACAUUAUCCACAAAGAGUGCCGAAAUGGAUUCUAAUUCCUCACAAAGACGACACAGAAAGCAAUUGGUCAGUACUGUGGACAACGCUAGUCCACCAUUGAUGAUUCCUCCUUUCAGUCCUACCUAUUUAAAGCAAAAUGAAUUCCCCUAUUCCAACUUUUACGUAAAGUUGCCUGAUGGUCGCUGGAUGGUCAGAUACAGAGAUGGUAAUCGAGACAUUCUUCGUACUGAUAUCAUGGAAGGUUACUUGAUUUAAAUCUCCUUACUUUUACUACUAUUCUAAUUGUUAUAAUGCUAUUUAUUCCAUCUAUACCAAACCGCAAUUCUACUUUUAUUGUUGUAUACCUUUCUUUCUUUCUUUCUAUAUGUAAAUGUUCAAUAAAAUUAUAAAUAUAUAUAUAUAUAUAUUAAUGACUCGAC